AGCAGUCACAAGGCUGGAAACAGUAAUCGGAAGUGCAGGGUAAAACUGAAACCAUAGUUUCACUGUAAUUGGCACAGAUUUGCUUAGCCCAUUGCAACUGCUCGGCUUGAAUUCGGUCGCCUUUCCAGCAUGGGCUCACAGAAGCCACUUAUUAUCCCAUGGUUAAUCAGCCAAAUUGGUGAUCCGGCAUACCCAGGCCUCAUAUGGUUGAAUGAAGAGAAGACUCAGUUCCGUAUCCCUUGGAAACACGCAUCGCGUCAGGACCGAUGUGAUGAUGACGUCAAAAUAUUUGAGGGCUGGGCUAUUGUCAGUGGUGCCUAUGACCCCAACAAGGACCAGCCUAACCCAGCGGUGUGGAAAAGGAAUUUCCGCUCGGCACUGCAUCGCAAGGCUGGAAUCAAGAUGAUUGCAAAGAAGAGCUUAGAGUCUGUUGACCCUCACAAGGUCUAUGAGAUCCAAAAAGAGAUGAGCGUGGAGAGUGAAGUUGCCUCUGAAGAGACUUAUCCGAAUAACAGCAUUAGUCCUACUUCUGACUUAUUCUCUAUAAACAACCCCAGGAGCAACGCAAGCUACAAUAUGAAUGUAAACCUGUCAGAAGGCAUGAUGCAGCUACAACUGUCCCAUACUGAAGAAGAUCUGUACUGUUCCCCUGAAGACUACCAAGCCAUGACAUAUGGAGAUCAAUACAACUCCCAGGAAAGCUGGUUCUCUGGCAUUUCAUCCCCGGAGACAGUUGUAUGUGCUGAUGCCCCUGCAUACAACGAGCAUUCCUUCAGUGCAGCCCCUGUACACGUGGGGGCACAUGCUGAAGUUAUACCGGUGGAGGUCGCCACAAAUCAUGAAAGUCAACUGCAGCAACAAAUCACUGAUAAUUUUUUCCAAGACAGGACAUUAAGGACAGAAUUUGAAGUGACUGUAUAUUACAGGGGAACCGAAGUUAGUAAAUCUGUGGUGAAAAACCCACAUGGUUUCCGCAUUACAUCGAGAAAACAAACAGUUCCGGGGAGUUACUUGGACAAUGUGGUUCUGCCAUUGCCAACAAUGAUUCCAGAUCAGGCAGUUGCGGGAGAAAUACACAAACUGUUGCAGAACUUGCAAGAAGGCGUCUUGGUCGAGGUGAAAGGAGGCUCCAUCUGUGGGAAGAGACAAGGAAACUGCAGAGCUUUUUGGAACAUGACCGAGAUGCCUGAAAUCAGUCAACCCAACCAGAUUGAUAAAAAUGACUAUUGCAUUCUGUACACGUUGCAGCAGUUUGUAGCAGACCUGACUGCAUUCAUUGAAGGCACCAGGAAGGACUCCCCUCAGUACAACAUCUGGAUGUGCCUUGGAGAAAUGUGGCCUGAUGUUCGGCCACGGAAGAAAAAAUUCAUCAUGGUACAGAUAGUACCGGUGGCAAUGAAGAUGCUUCAUGACAUGAGUUACAGUACGGGAGCCUCAUCUCUCCGUAGCAGUGAGAUUAACCUGGAGAUCUCAGACUCUCUCUCCAGUACAAAUGAUCUGAUGGCUGUUCUACGGGAACUCCAGGAGAGGAUGGACUUUGAAUAGAUUCCCUACCAAUGUGCCUGCUCUUUAACUGUGGUUUUCACCAUUGCAUAUCAUGUGGCCAAAGCCAAAAAUGGCCUUAGAAACAAAGCCUGAUACCACUAGCCAUAUAUCAGAACUGAGUCCCUGCAGCCCUACAAGUAUUACUGGAUGCGCUAGAGGUAUCAUCUGAAUAGUGACUAGAGCUUCAUCCAAAAUGUUCAUCCUUAUCAAUUUAUUUUUAGUGGGGCCCGUAAAUCUCUUGGCCCACCAGUAGUGACAAGAUCUCCUUUCUCUAUUGUUACACUCCUGAUAACCCUCCCAGCAACCAGCUCACCUCCUAUGCUUAUUUAUUGGUAUUUUCUUUGUUCAUUUAUUUUUCACCCAUAUGGUUUUUGCUAUUCAUCCCUGAAUGCCAAGGAUUAAUCCUGUUUCAGAAUUGCCUUGAAUUUGUUUUCAAAAUAAACAAAGUAAGAAGG